AUGGCCUCACCCGCAGCACAGGCGUACAGCGUCGAGGUCUACGAGACCGUGGAGACCAACAACAUCAAAGAGACCAUCGAGGUCACCUCCGUCGACAAGGAUGGUGAAACGCAAGUUGAGAAGGUCGAAGUCGAGCUGCCGGCAUACCACACAGCCCCACCAUGGCAGCUUCUGUGGGAUGACUUGAAGCUCUUCAUCCUGAAGGCUUACAAGCUCCCUGUCGUCGUGUUCCCGUUGGCCUACCCGCCUCGCCUCAAAACCAAUUACCCGGCUCUGGAUCAGGCCUGGGUCCCUCACAUGAUUCGAUUUGGCGCCGUCAACCGCGCCGUCACCUACUUCCAGAAGAGGUUCCAACAUUUCAUCGACCCUUUUUACCCCUCUGGUGAGAUGGACGAGCUCUACCCCUCCGUCGGAAACCUCAUCUGUCUGGCUGCUCACACCGUCCUGAUCGCCACUCAACUCGCCUUUCUUUUGUCUCUCCCUUUCAUCGCAACCUUCCCGUUCACCGCGGUCCUGCCCUACGCCAUCGCCUUCGUUACCAUCAACUACCUCGCCUGCAUUCCUCUCAACUCUGGUGUCACGAAGGGUAUUCUCAAGUCUCACGGGACCACCGAAUCCGACAACUGGGCCAAGUACGAGAAGGAGGAGUGGAUCUUCCUUAACGGUGUCUCUGUUGGAGCUGGAAUCAUUUUCGACACCAUCCAGUGCCUCGUGGAGAGAUGCUUCUACUUCGGCACAACCGACACCAGAGAGUGCUACGCUCUCAUCGCCGGGGCUCUCACCAAUCCCGUCAAGGAUCGGGUCGUUCUCAUUCUUCACUCUCAGGGCGGCCUUGAGGGCAGCAUCAUCCUCGACUGGCUCCUCUCCCACUGCGCCCGCAAGGACCUCAAGAAGCUUGAGAUCUACACCUUUGGAAACGCUGCCAACCACUUCAACAACCCCAAGAUCGACGAGGGCGAGUACGUCGUCGGACAUAUUGAGCACUACGCCAACGACGGUGACUUUGUCGCCGAAUGGGGUGUCACCCACUUCAAGUCUCUGAUUUCCAAGCAGGCCAAGGAGGCCAAGAACCACUCCAAGAAGUUCCACCUCCACAAGCGUCAAUCGCAUGAAACUGCCAUUGGCAGCAUUCUCGGUGUUACCGCCAGACAGAACAACUUCAGCGGACUUCUCUUCAAGAACAAGGGCAAGUGGGGCCACCUGCUUAACCAGCACUACCUGGACAGAAUCCUCCCUCUUAACGACACUUUGACUGGUGUCGUUGAGAGCAAGGACGGUUGGGGCAACAAGCACUUCCUUGAUGCCGCCAUGGUCCAGGGCAGAGGCCUCCGCAAAGGCGACAAGAACAAGGUGGCCAAUGAAAGCAGACUCUGGAAAUACAUCAACGGCAGGGAGCCUGGCAUGGUCAACGGCAACUAA